AUUGGGUUUCCAUAAGAUUUUCUUUGUAUUACAGAAACAUAGAAUUUUAAUGGAGGGGUUAAUUCCAUAUCUGAUUCAUGCUAUCAAGAAAGACCACAAGCCUGAUCAUCAGAGGUAUCGAUCGAUAUCUGUGGGAUCGAGCCGAAGCUAUCGACCUUUAAUGAUGGGACAAGACGGCUCUUCUUCAAUGCAGGGAUCUUCUCACCGUCGAACUAGAUCAGACUAUAAUCCACAUGUUAUAAUGGAUAAGUUUGAUCAGAGAUCAUCAGGUUUUGGUCAAGAAUUUGUGAAUAAAGAUUCUUCUUCUCAGAAAAUAGCAACAAAGACUUAGCUUGCGUAAACUCGUUAAUUAUAUGUAAGAUAGAAAAAAUUAUACGUUUCAUUUUCUGUGUAUUGAUCAAUUUGUAAUAAGUUUGAUAUCAAUGAAAUUAAUUUUUU